CCAAUCAGUAUAAAAUCUGCAGCUGUGGCGGGGAGCGUGCGCUGAGAGAGAGCACAGAGGACUGGCGCGCACUCGCAUACACCACAUUCUCUAUCUUUCCCUCCUCCUCUCUUGCUCCCAAACAAAGAGAAGCACGCGAGGCAGCAGAGCAGAGCGCAUCUAUCUCACCCCAAACCGAUAGCGAGCCAGCACGGAUUCUUUCUCACGUAGACACUCCUAUCCCGGAUCGGUCGGAACCAAGAUAUCCAUAGUUCCAUCAUGUCUAGCAACGGCGCCAGUAACGGAACCAGCGACAUGCUGCAGAUCCAGUUCGGUUUGAUCAACUGCGGGAAUAAAUACUUAACGGCUGAAACGUUUGGUUUUAAAAUCAAUGCCUCGGCUACGAGUCUUAAGAAGAAGCAGAUUUGGACUUUGGAGCAAAGCGGAGACGAUUCUAACGGGAACGUGUUCUGUCUUAAGAGUCACCUCGGUCGGUACAUAGCAGCGGAUAAAGACGGGAACGUUACCGGGGAUAGUGAGAAUGCUGGACCCGAAACCCGUUUCAUCAUUACUGCUCACGACGAUGGGAGAUGGUCAUUGCAGUCCGAGGUCCAUGGCAGAUAUCUCGGAGGAACAGAGGAUAGAAUUAGCUGCUUUGCUCAGGUUUGUACUGCGUCUGUAGCUGAGAAAUGGAGUGUUCACAUUGCCAUGCACCCUCAGGUCAACAUCUUCAGUGUGACCAGGAAGCGCUACGCCCACCUGUCGUCCAAGGUGGAUGAGAUCGCCAUUGACCGUGAUGUGCCGUGGGGCGUGGACUCCCUGAUCACACUCGUGUUCAAGGACCAGCGCUACCACCUCCAGACCUCCGACAACCGCUUCCUGAAAAACGACGGCAGCCUGGAAGCCACGCCCGACAAGACCACCGGUUACACCCUGGAGUUCCGCUCCGGCAAGGUGGCUUUCCGGGACUGUUCGGGACGCUACCUGGCGCCAUCAGGGCCGAGCGGGACCAUGAAGAGCGGGAAGAGCAGCCGCGUGGGGAAGGAUGAGCUGUUCUCCAUGGAGCAGAGUCACCCUCAGGUGGUUCUCACCGCGGCCAACGACAGGAACGUCUCCACCAGGCAAGGCAUGGACCUGUCAGCCAAUCAGGAUGAGGAGAGUGACCAGGAAGUGUUCCAAGUGGAGAUGAGUCGUGAGAACAGGAAGUGUGCUUUCAGGACCGCUGCUGGGAAGUACUGGACCCUCACCACCACUGGGGGACUGCAGUGUACCGCCUCUACCAAGACCGCUAACUGCUACUUUGACAUCGAGUGGCGUGGGAAGAAGUUGACCCUCCGUGCCGCCAAUGGGAAAUACGUGGCUGCCAAGAAGAACGGUCAGCUCGCUGCCACCGUGGAUUCUGCCGGUGAGUCAGAGGAAUUCCUGAUGAAGCUGAUUAACCGUCCAAUCAUAGUCCUGCGUGGAGAACAUGGCUUCAUCGGGUGUCGUAAGGUCACGGGAACACUGGACUCUAACCGCUCCUCCUACGACUACUUCACCCUGACCUUCAGAGAUGGGGCCUACAGUCUGCAAGAUUCUACAGGGAAGUUCUGGAUGGUGGGUAGCGAGUCGUCGGUGGUGAGCAGCAGUGACACCCCGGUCGACUUCCUCCUGGAGUUCUGUGACUACAACAAGGUCGCCAUCCGCUCUGUUGCUGAGGGGAAGUAUCUCCGCGGUGACCACGCCGGCGUGCUGAAGGCCAACGCUGAUGACCUAGAGUCCGCCACGCUCUGGGAGUAUUGACCUACUGACCCCAACCGCGUUACGACCGCAGUACAGCGCAGCCCCCCCCCCCCCCAC